UAAACCAAACACAUCAAAAAAGCUUCUCUAAACCAAAUAGCUCUGAUUACAAGAUGAGAUCAUUUAGCCAAAACCACUAUUUAAUUUUGUUCCUUAUUCUCACUGUGUGGACAUUCCACGUCAUGUCUCGCAGGUUGUCUGAGGUCUGCACUUCCGAGAGACAUGAGAAGUGGAUGGCACAGUAUGGUAAGCUUUACACGGAUGCUGCUGAGAAGGAAAAACGUUUCCAAAUAUUCAAAAACAAUGUGCAGUUCAUUGAGUCUUUCAAUGCUGCUGGGGACAAACCUUUCAACCUAAGCAUUAAUCAAUUUGCUGACCUUCAUAAUGAAGAAUUUAAGGCUUCACUAAUUAAUGUUCAGAAAAAGGUAAGUGGGGUGGAGACAGCAACAGAAACAUCUUUUAGGUAUGAGAGUAUAACUAAGAUUCCUGCUACCAUGGACUGGAGAAAAAGAGGUGCAGUCACUCCAAUCAAGGACCAAGGCAAUUGCGGCAGUUGCUGGGCAUUUUCAACUGUGGCGGCGAUCGAGGGUAUCCACCAAAUCACAACAGGUAAAUUGGUGUCUCUCUCGGAGCAAGAACUGGUAGAUUGUGUUAAAGGUAAGAGCGAAGGGUGCAAUUUUGGUUAUAAAGAAGAAGCCUUUGAAUUUGUGGCCAAGAAUGGAGGAUUAGCAAGUGAAAUAAGCUACCCCUACAAAGCAAAUAACAAGACUUGUAUGGUUAAGAAGGAAACUCAAGGGGUGGCUCAGAUUAAAGGGUAUGAAAAUGUUCCUUCUAAUAGCGAAAAGGCACUCCUAAAAGCUGUGGCAAAUCAACCAGUAUCAGUUUAUAUUGAUGCUGGAGCUUUACAAUUUUACUCGAGUGGGAUUUUUACAGGAAAGUGCGGAACUGCUCCAAACCAUGCUGUUACUGUGAUUGGUUAUGGAAAAGCUCGUGGUGGUGCCAAGUAUUGGCUGGUGAAAAAUUCAUGGGGCACUAAAUGGGGUGAGAAAGGGUAUAUAAGAAUGAAGAGAGAUAUACGUGCCAAGGAAGGUUUAUGUGGAAUUGCUACCAAUGCUUCUUAUCCAACUGUUUGAAUGCUGCUAUGAAUCCAUCAUAUAUAAACCUUUAACCGUGUAAUUUAGUAUAUGCACGUUGGAAUGUAUCUCUAAUCAUCAUUUUGUUUUCUGGCAAGUAUAUGCACCUACGUACGUAGUGUUCCUAAUAAGUUGCUUGUUUCCUUAUCUUAGAUAUGAUGUUUGUGUGUAAACGAAUAAAUUCUACCAAAUAAUUAAUGUAAAAUAAGUUUUAUAAGUAGUGUUCUAUGUU